GGAUACCUGGCCAGUUGGUGAUUAAUGAUCGCCAAACAUUGGUUCACCUACGAAUUUCCAAUAUUUGCGACUUUUUUCUUGAAUCGUUCGAAUCUUCGCAUUAUGAGGACCCUUGUAAUUGUCUCCAUUGCGAUCUUCUGCCUAGUUUUUCUUUGUUCAGACCGAAGCAGUUCCCCAAUUGCAAAUUGUAGAUUUAAUGAACAAAUUCGGUGGCCAGGACUCGCUGCUUCGCACCAUGACGUCUCUAAUGAGUUUGUACACGAGUCUGACUCAAGAGUUUGGGACACUGAUCAGACAGGGGAAAAGCGUCAACCAAGCCGUUCCAGAGCUAAUAAAACUGCUACCAAGUAUGAUGUCGUAAAUUUCAAGUCGGCCGGCUCGUAUCGUGUCAACCUUGGCCUCUACAUAGAUUCGAUGCAAUAAAAAGUAGAAACACGGAGAAA